AAGAGAAGAGAGUGAAAGACACCAUUUCCUUUCCUCUUACCCGGUCGAGAGUUAUGGGAAGAAGGGGAUUGAUGAGGCUACUGUUAGAGGAUGAAUGGGGUCGGCGGGGAGUUGGACGCUAAUCAGGCGCAGAUCCACUUCAGCGCCGAUCUGAUUGAAGACGACCCGAUGGCUUAUGGCCUGAUGAAGCAGCCACUGAUGGGAGCCUCAGUUCCAUCUUCCUCGCGUCUCUUCAACACAGUCGCCGCCCUUAUUCAACGUCGGGAUUCGAAGGGGAUGCAAACUCUCUCAGCCUCUAAACCUGGAUAAGAGGAAAUAAAGAAGCGGAAAUCUCGCAGCCAUACUCCAUCACCUACUCAGCCGCUCUUGGAACCUUUCCAUGGAGCAUUCGACCCCUUUCCUGCCAGACAAAGCUAAUCAAGGAGCACCAUAGAGUUCCAAAGUCUCCCCAGAGUCGUGUUUUGCUUUCCAACCACACCUGCAUGUGAGAGUCAGCGAUCCCAAUUAUCAUAAU